AUGGCACUCCACUUCCUCACCAUCUUGGUCCUGGCUAUCUCAGUCACGAGCGCGUUUCUCAUCACUGACAAAGACGUCAGGUGUCGCAGCGGUCCAACUACAAGUCACGCUAUCCAGAGAGAGUUCACCAAGGGUACUGAUGUAACCAUCACCUGCCAAACGGAGGGCACCAACAUCAAAGGCAACACCCUCUGGGACAAGACGACGUUCGGAUGUUAUGUUUCCGAUUACUACGUCGCUACAGGAUCAAGUGGUUACGUGACUUCAAAGUGCCGUUCGUGUAAAUCGCCCAAGUCGAAUGCGGCGACUGUCAACCUCAUCGCUAGCUUUGAGGGAUUCAGACCCGAUGUUUAUAACGACCCAACUGGCAAUCCAACCGUUGGAUACGGUCAUCUUUGUGAUGCGCCUCAGUGUAGUGAAGUAAAGUAUCCCAUCCCGCUUUCUGUGGUGAAUGGAAAGAAAUUAUUGGCAGAUGACAUGGAGGAGUUCGAAGUCUGCAUCACAGCCAUGUUGAGCAGCAAAGCAAGGCUCAACAGGAACCAAUAUGGCGCUCUCAUCAGUUGGGCAUUCAACAUGGGCUGCGGCAAUGCUGAAUCGUCAACUCUUGUUGAACGUCUCAACAACGGGGAAGAUCCCAACACGGUCAUCUCGCAGGAACUACCUCAGUGGGUAUAUGCCAGUGGCCAAAGGCUUCCGGGCUUGGUUCGUCGACGCAAUGCGGAGAUUGAGUUGGCCCGGAAGCCAACCCGCCGUAGAGCUUUACCGAAGAGGUGCCAAGUCCUGUAA